AUGUACACAUCAACCCGGACGAUCUUCGGAUCGUCCGGGUUGACGUGUACACCCCAGACGCAUGGACCAAAGAGCAGUGGAUUCACGGACAGAUGGAGGACCGGCGCCCUACAGAGUACUCCAUACCGUGCAUCCAGCAUACACACCAGGCCUCACGUGCAAGCCCAGACGUCGACCAGCAGCUUGCCGUACGCCGAGUGGUACAAGCCCUCGGCCCUAGAGCUCCUGAUCGGCUACAUGGACGAGGUGAAGGACUUGCCGGGUGCUCAGGUCAUUGGUUGCCGCGACCACCUGUGGAAACAGCACCACUCUCGGAUGCGCCGUGGCACCUUCUACGUCCUGUGGAAGCCGAAGGCGGGGAAGCCUACACUGCCGCAUGAGGUGCAGAAGUGCCGCAACGGCCCUUGGCCCUUGUGCCUCGUGGAGUGGGGCAGGAUUGGGGCCGAGAUCCAGCAGAACUUGGCGAAGUUCCUGGACAAGACCUUCCAGUUCCAGGAUGCAUCGGGCUGGGCGCCUCUCUUCGAGAGGCCUCCGCCAGCGGACCCACUCAAAUCCGCUGCUGGCAAGGCUGGCGCGAAAGGCGAAGGCGAAGGGCAAGGCGAAGGCGAAGGCGGCGUCGCGAGGAAUGUCCCGCUAGUUCCUGAGAGCAAGUCUACGUUUUUGCACAGGCAGGCCCGGCCCGGAAGCCCUUAG